AUGAAGGGUCCCUUCUUUGUGCCUGCACGCAACAUCCACCAUCGCCAUGCCGCACUAGCUCUCUAUCGUGCCCUCCUGCGCACGGCGCACAGGGUAGAGCUGCCCGCAGAUCUCAAGCCGCGGGAGAAGAAGCUCCCGCGACUGGUGCCCAAACCACAUGUACGAAAUGUCGAGGAGUCCGACAAGAUUCAUGCGCAUCCGGCGCAGCGGCUGAAUCACUGGCAUCCCAUCGGGAAACAAGUGAGGAAGAGGUUCCUGGCCGAUAGAAACUACACAAGUCUGCGAUUGGUGUACGCCUCCAUGGCGACAGGCUACAAGUUUCUAUCAAUGUUGUCGAAAGCAGCUUCUUCGAACUCGAAAGAAUAUGCUGAGCUUGUUGCAUUCAUGCGCGACCUUGCCUCGCAGCGCGCCUCGCAGCGAGCACGCGACAAUCAGCGAACCGAGGCAACGGCGCCCGAUAUUGCAGCGACGCAAAUUACACCCGGGCAGGCCACCGAGAGGAGCGACUCACCAGCGAAGGAAGUGUUCGAACCCCGUGGUCCUCUGCUCGCCAUAACCUCUGGGCCAGGCGAACCCCCCUCAUACCUUGGCACACCUCGGCCCGUGGAGACACUGGGCCGUGAUCGACGCGUGCCGCAAUUCGUCACAGACAGCUACGGCGUUCCGUUCUUGCGCUAUUCCAAACCACACGACCCCAAGCUGGAUCGUAUGAAUGGGCAGCGACGGAAAAUGUGGCUUGCCACAAUGGAAAAGUUCAAGGCGUCCACCGACACACUCGUUCCUGACUUCUCCCUGGAAGAUGUCUGGGAACACCAUUUGGCGAACGCGGCGCACAAGGAAGGUGCUGAAAUUGCAGAUUCCGAGCCGAUGUCCUGGAUCGAGAGCUCGGGUGCGCAAGGACCGCUGGAAACGACAGACAACUCUCCAGGUCCUCGGUCGCUCGGCAAUGCGAAGGAUACCUACAUGUGGACAGCUCUCAAGACUUCAUUGUGGUACGAGUACCGGCUAGAGAGGGUCUACGAGGACUUUGUCGCGCGGGCUGAAGCGCUCGUCAAUCUACGAGGGGAGGAACGGCGUCUGGCCGCUCUGGAGAAGGGAGAAGAUACAAACCCCAGCAUCCAAGCAGUCCAGCAAAGUAUCAAUGACCAUCACCAGCAAGGCGGCCAAGGUGGCCAGAUCAAGGUCAAGAGCAAGAGUAUAAGGACGUGCGUCGAGGCUGCGCGAGAGGGCGAGGCCAAAUUCGGCCAGUCGACUGGGGCUGAUCGUUUCGAUACACCCGCAUGGCGAAACGUCGUUGCGCAGCACGGUUCAAAGAUGUUGGAUCUGCUCAUGCGGCAUAAGCAUCCGGAUGUCAGGUUUUAA